AUGGCCUCUGCUGACCCCGAACUCGACUCGACAGCCAACAAACAAGAGUCCAUUCCACCACAAACAUCCGAAUUGGUACCAUCCACUCCUCUCCUCUACGUCACCUGGAAUGGACCCAACGACCCAUCCAACCCUCAGAACUGGACCUACCGCCAAAAAUGGGCUGGCACUCUCAUCAUCUCCGGGUUUGGACUCGUCUCGCCCAUUUCCUCAUCCAUGGUCUCUCCCGCCGUGGACGCCAUCGCCCAUGAAUUCGGUACUUCCAGCACCAUCACCUCAGAAAUGAUCCUGUCCAUCUUCGUGCUGGCCUGGGGACUAGGUCCGCUACUCCUCGGACCAUUAUCAGAGAUGUAUGGCCGGGUGCGAGUCCUCCAGCUAGGCAACCUGAUGUAUUUGAUAUUCAACAUCGCCGGAGGAUUUAGUCAAUCCACGGCGCAGAUCAUCGUCUUUCGAUUCCUGAGCGGUUUUGGAGGGAGUGGACCAUUAGUUCUAGGCGACGGCGUCUUGGCAGACAUCUGGCCCACCGAACAACGAGGCAGCGCCGUAGCCAUCUACAGUCUGGCACCACUAUUCGGACCCGCCAUUGGCCCUAUCGCGGGGGAUUCAUCACGCAUCAGUGGUAUGGUAGGCCUCCUCGGCAUUUUCUUCCUCAAAGAAACCUACACCCCAUACCUCCUCAAACUCAAAGCCCAGAACCUCCGCAAGGAAACAGGAAACCAAUCAUCCACACAACUAUGGAAAACCUCCAUUGCACGUCCUUUUCUCCUCCUCGGCACCCAACCCAUCAUCCAAGCCCUAGGCAUCUACAUGGCGUUCCUCUACGGACUGAUGUAUCUCAUGCUGGCCUCGUUCCCAUCCCUAUGGCAGGACAUCUACCGAGAAAGUAUCUCCAUCGCCAGUCUAAACUACAUUUCCAUCGGAGUCGGCCUACUACUAGGAACCCAAAUCGGAGCUAGGCUAAACAACCGAAUCUACAACCACCUCAACCACCACACUUCCACCCCCACCCCCGAACCUCUCCCCGAAUAUCGCAUCCCUCUCCUCCUCCCCGCCUCCAUUCUCGUCGGCACCGGCAUGUUCUGGUAUGGCUGGUCCGCCAAUCCCCACAUCCCCUGGAUCAUCCCCAACCUGGGCAUCGCCCUCAUCAGCAUCGGCAUCAUCAUCGCCUUCCAAUGCAUCCAACUCUACAUCAUCGACACUUAUCCUCUCUACGCUGCAUCCGCAAUGAGCGCCACUGCAAUACUCCGCUCACUAGCGGGGUUCGCCUUUCCACUUUUCGCAAAUGAUAUGUAUGCCCGGUUGGGAUAUGGAUGGGGGAAUACUGUCUUAGGGUUCGUAGCAAUAUUAGUAGGGGGACCGGCAAUGAUCCUACUUUGGAGAGGAGGCGCCGGACUUCGAAGACGGAGUCCGUAUGCAUCGGGAUGGAGUCAGUGA